GAACAAAUUCAAAGCUGCAAACCCCUUAGAUUCAAUUUCCAUUGCUCCUUCUUUUGACCGUUACAAUCUUUGUCUUUAUCUUCACCUCUUUUUCUAUUUUCUACUUUCUUCGCGGGAGUAUUUGUUAUUUGGGGGCUUAUAUUAUUCUAAAAUCACUUACAUUUGAACAUAAACAAAGAGGAGGUCUGGAGUACACAAGAACAUAUAUACAUGCACCGAUUCGAAAGCAAAUUCCUACUGCAUCCAAGGACAGCGCGCAACAAUUGUUAAUAUGGCCGAACAAAUGGGUACCCCCAACUCCAGUGCUGACCUCUCAGUAAAUGGUGGCAAGAAUUCUGCACCAAAGGAUAAGAAUUGUCCAUUCUGUCAUCAAGCAUUUACUUCAUCCUCACUUGGCCGCCAUCUCGAUCUUUACAUCAAGGAGAAGAAUCCCAAAGCGGCAGACGGUAUACAUAGUGUAGAUGAGAUCAGGAAGCUUCGUGGAGGCAUUACAAGGCGGCAGCCACGUAAUUCAACUUCAAGAAGGGAAGAUUCGACACCUGCCGGGACACCUGGAGGAUCGGAAAGGGGGAAUUCUAAUAAUGAUUCCGAUAUGGUAGGGAGUGACUCUCCAAGCUUGAGAAGAGAUGAUGGAGCGGCUAUGAAUAUGAUGUGCAUGUCAAGGGGGGUGCCAGGUCAGGCUUUGGGUAAUCGUCGACCUAAUUUUGUUGUGAAUGGCGGCACAUGGGAGUCAACGGGCGUCAUGAAUCAUAUUCCUCAAGCACGGAAUGGCGAGCCCGCUCGAAGUUGGGAUGGAGAUGAAUCCAGAGAUGGGAGUAGGAGACCGGAUGGCAGAAAUAGAUCUGUCAGCAAACAAAUGCUAGCGAAAACGACGUUCGAGCAAAAACAAAAAAUGAUGGAAGCUCUGGAUAAUGCAAAGGCGGCAGAAUUGGCUUUAAGAGAACUUUUAGGGGGGGUUAGAGCGGCCAAACAACGAAUUGAAGGCCUCGAUAUUUUUGAUUACGAUCCUUUUAGUUUGGAUUUUCCUGCCCUCACCUUACAUUGUCUGCCACCGCCACCGACCCUUUACGCGUCUACUCCUAUUCCAAAUUCUACUUCAUGGUCUAUUCUUCCACCAGAUGAAUUACAAUAUCAAGCAUUACGGAAACAUUUUGCAUCAGAGUUUCACCGCUACCGUAUCUCAAUAACUGUAGCCUCGACAACUCCACAAGAUGAUCUAUCAUACCCUCCGCAGGAAAACUUCAAUGGUAUCGAGAGCCUUGCUGCACUUCACCAACAAGCGGAAGCAGAUGCUCAAAGCAUGGAGGCUAGGAUUUCUGAGCACUUACAUUCAAUGUUUGGGCAUUGGAAUUCGUUACCUCCAAAUAAAAGGACUGAACUUUGGACUCUUGAAUUAGCUCGUAAUAUUGGUCGAAAGUCUGAAGAAAUAUCCAAGCUGAAGAAGGAGAAGGAACUUUUACAACAGGAUACUGCGCACUCAAAAUUACAAGUUGAAGAGUUAAGUCGAUUACAACAACCUAGGGAAUUCAGGAUUCAACCACCUUCACCACUACCUAUUGAUUCACGUUUUAUGACUGAAUUGGGUAAACUUGGAACGACUCACAAAUAUGUUGGUCUUCAGCUCAUGGAUCGAAGUGUGCAUCUCGAUACGGCAGUGGAACGAGCAAUUGGUCGAUGGAAAGGUGUUGUCAAGCAAGCUCGAGCUGGAUCUGGACAGUCUGGAUCUGGCAUGGCGGCACAAAAGCCACUUGAGAAUAAUAUUAAUGAAGCGUUACCUUCAUCAAAUCCACCACAACUUAAUUCUUCCAUAACAAGCCAACCGUUGCAAGAGGAUGCGCAGGAUAUUGGAAGCGAUCAAGAUGCAGAUGGCGAUGCAGAUAUGGAGGAAGAUGAUACCUUCGUCGAUAUGACGGACGUUAAUGCAAGUGUUCAACGAGCUCCAGAAGCCCCAAUGUCUAAUACGACAAAUUUCCGAUUGGCAAAUGGGGGAAUUAAUAUGCAAGGUGUUAAUGCUGGUGGCAAUCCAAGAGGAAAUGUAAUGGAGGGUAUUGAGAAUCAAAACCACGUGCAGGGAUAUGUGAGGAUCGGGGCCUAAUGAAUAUGUUCAUGAGUAGGGCAAUGGGCGACAAGAGUCUUGAACUUGUCAGCUAUCUCGAUCCUCGAACUCAGUAAAUUCGAAAAAUAAUAUGAUACAGCGCUGCAGCACAGUCGUUAUACAGAAGCGCGCAAAUGGGGAGUUUUUAUCUCAAGCAUUUACAUGGAGUUUUUUUUUAUCGUCGUCGCUCGCUGCCGGCUAAGGGAAAAGUUUCUUACUAUAUCUCGAUGUUGAAAGAUAGUGGCUGUUUUAUUCGAUCUAGAAUCGAAAUUUGUCUCGACGACUUCUAGCUUUGAGGAAAGAAUAAAUACCUACAAAUGAACGGGAAAUAUUAUCGUCUGCAUGGAAAUUAAGUGAUAGAAAUGGGAGAAAUGGGAGAAAUGGGAGAACUUGAGAGGAAAACGGAGUGGGAGUUGUUACAAAGGGGGGGUGAUGGAUUGUUCUGGUUCAUCAUUCUGUGUAUAGUAUAUUCUUAAGUAAUUAUAAAUAUAAAUACCGAAUGGUUCUAUGGAA